AAAUAAUCAUUAUUCAGAUACACCAAAUAAUAUCAGCACUCAUCCCUCAGAGUUUCAAAGGGGAUAAUCGACGGUCAGAAAUAAAAGAAUAAAAGCCCCCGCCAAAACUCUGAAUUAAUUAAAUAAAUAAAAAAAAUACAAAAAGGGCAAAAAGGUAAAAAAAAAAAAAAUGGGUGACCCAGCUAAGACAAAGAAGAUCGUCGCCGGAGGGCUGGCUUCCGUCCUUCUGGUAGCGAUGGUUAUUUGCGUCACCGUCGGCGUCUCCGGCAGAAACAAAUCUGGCGGCGAUGCUGCUGCAUCUAGCAGCAACGGCGGCGUUAGCACCAGCACCAAGGCGGUGCAUGCGAUUUGCACUCCGACCGACUACAAGGAGACCUGCGAGAGCAGCCUCGCCGGCGCCAACACCACCGAUCCUAAGGAGCUCAUCAAGGUGGCUUUCAACGCCGCCGUCAACAACAUCGCCGACGCCAUCAAGAACUCCACCCUCAUGAAAGACGCCGCCGCGGAUAACAGCACCAAGGACGCGCUCGACGUCUGCAACGACGUGCUCGAAUCCGCCGUCGACGAUCUGAGAAGAGCCGGCGACAAAGUCGGCGAAUUCGACGCCACUAAGAUGGACGAAUAUGUGGAGGAUCUGAAAGUGUGGCUGAGCGCCGUCAUCACAUACCAAGAAACAUGCAUCGACGCCUUCGAAAACACCACCGGUGACACGGCGGAGAAGAUGAAGAAUCUAUUGAAAACUGCUAGAGAAUUGUCGAGCAAUAGUUUGGCAAUGGUGUCGGAUAUUUCAUCAAUUCUUGGCCAGUUGCAGCUCGGAAACCUAGGCGGCGGCGGCGCCAGCAGCGGCAGAAGGCUGAUGUCGGAGGAAGAAGAGCCCUACUGGACAAAAGGAAGGCUCCUCGCCGCCAACCCGUUAAAGCCAAACGCCGUCGUAGCACAAGACGGCUCCGGCCAAUUCAAGACGAUCAAAGAAGCAAUCAACACCAUACCAAAGAAGAACAACCAGACAUUCAUCAUCUACAUCAAGGCCGGUCUGUAUAAGGAGCACGUCGAAAUCCCGAAGAAGGUGAACAAGGUCGUCUUCAUCGGCGACGGGCCGUUCAAGACAAGAAUCACCGGCAGCAAGAGCUUCGCCGGCGGAGUCAAGACCUUCCAAACCGCCACCGUCGCCGUCAACGGCGAGGAGUUCACCGCGAAGAACAUCGCCUUCGAGAACACCGCCGGAGCAGAGGGCCACCAGGCGGUGGCGCUCCGCGUCUCCGCCGACAAAGCCAUCUUCCAGAACGUCGCCAUCGACGGGUACCAGGACACACUCUACGCGCACAACUACCGCCAGUACUACCGCGACUGCACAAUCUCCGGCACGAUCGACUUCAUCUUCGGCGACUCGCUCUGCCUCUUCCAGAACUGCGUCUUCAUCGUCAGAAAGCCGAUGGACAACCAGGCGUGCAUGGUCACCGCACAGGGGCGCGUGGACCCACGCAGCGUCGGAGCAAUCGUCAUCCAGAACAGCCACAUCACCGCCGAACCCGCCUUCCUGUCGACAAAACCGGCGAUCGAUGCUUACCUAGGCCGGCCAUGGAAGGAGCUCUCAAGAACAAUCAUCAUGCAAUCCGAAAUCGACGGCUUCAUUUCACCAAAGGGGUGGUCGCCAUGGAUGGGUAACUUUGCACUGGACACACUGUACUACGGUGAGUACCAGAACCGUGGAGCCGGGUCGGAUCUAGCGAACCGGGUCACAUGGAAGGGCAUUCAGCAUAUGACCCAACAGAAGGCUGAGGAAUGGACCGGAGGCGCCGCCUUCCGCGGUGACGAAUGGAUCACCAGCUCCGGUGUUCCAUAUGUUCCUACCCUCAUGCAAGUUUAAUUUAUUUUAAUUUUAUAAUUUUAAUAUUAUUUAUAUUUAAACAAUUUUGUGUGUAUAUAUAGUAAUAGUUAAUAAUUACUCUUUGUGAAGUGAGAUAUAGUCUAAAUAGGGAAAUGUAACCCUAUUUGGGCAUUGCAUCCACUCUUUAAUUUUUUUGUAUUUUCGAAAUCGAUGAAAUAAAGUUUUGUUU